UCUCUGUCUAUCUCUUAUCCAUAUUUAUAUAUCACUUGAUCAUCCAUCUGUCUCAUUUCUCCCCAUCUUCUAUAUUACAUAUGGUACCAUAAUCUCUCCCAAAGGUCUGAUUCCAUACAUUCUUACCAGACAUACUUGUAUACAUGAAUGUCCCUUGUAUAAUCCUAUAUGUGUAGAUAGCAGGAACAUGUCUUGUCUGCUGCCACAGUUCAAGUGUUCAUUUUCCAUUCACUUGAGACCCCUUCUUCACCAAACUUCCACUCAACCUUUAAAAGACAGAGAGCCUUUCUACUUUCGAGCACAGUGCUCAGCAACAGUAACAACGGUACUUGAUAUACCAUCUUUAGAAGCUCAUUCAAAUCCAGUUGCAGCUAACAGACCAUGGUCACCGUCGACAUCAACUGCAGUGCUCGAUCUGGAAAAGCUACACUUAGCUUCUUUAGGAAUCCAUUCUGAUUUUGCCGCCACAAACAGGCCAUGGACAUACGUUAGUGAUAUAGACCCUGCCCUCGAGGCAUCUUUUGGAGCAUCUUUGCCUACAAAAACUUCUCUUACAAGUAAAGAGGCUGUUAUAGCUGCUGCAGCUUUGGAAGCAGUUGCUCUAGCAAGGGAAGCUGCAAAGACUGCUAAAGAUGCAGUGAUGAUGGUUAACCAUAUAAACUCAACAACAUCAUAUAUAAAGGCCUUAGCUGAAAGGCCUCAGCCUCAAUUAAGACAGACAGUAGACACGAUGGUAGUAGGAGAGUCAGAAGUAGCUCAAUCGGAGUGUGUAUCUGAUGUCGUGGAGCCAACAGCUGAAGAAGCAGAACUUCUGCAGGCAGAACUUGUAAAAAGUAUAGCUGUGAGAUCGAGGCGUCAACCACAACGGAAAGCCAGACGAGCAAGAGCAGCUAAGAAUACUUCAGCCACUGUAGUUUCUGUAAAAUCUGGUUCCAGUAGCCAAAAAAGGCGUGGUUCACGAGAGAUAGACCACUCUGACCCACUGCGGUAUUUAAGACAAACAAGUACUUCUUCCAUACUUCUCACUGCAACUGAAGAACGUGAGUUGUCAAAAGGAAUUCAGGUUCUGUUAAGAUUGGAAAAAAUUUACAAGGAGCUUAGUGAACGUUAUGGGGGUGAGCCUAGUUUCAUGCAGUGGGCUCUUGCAGCUGGUGUGGAUCAAACUACCUUGAGGAGACAAAUAAACUAUGGAACCUUCUGCAAGGAUAAAAUGAUCAUGAGUAAUGUGCGGCUUGUUGUUUCAAUUGCCAAAAAGUAUGUCGGAACUGGAAUGAAUUUCCAAGAUCUUGUUCAGGAAGGUUGUCGAGGGCUUGUAAGAGGAGCAGAGAAGUUUGAUGCUUCAAAGGGGUUUAAAUUCUCAACCUAUGCUCACUGGUGGAUAAAACAAUCAGUUCGAAAGUUUCUCUCUGAUCAAUCUAGAACUAUACGUUUACCUUUCCACAUGGUUGAUGCAACCUUUAAGGUGAAGGAAGCCAGAAAGAAUCUGUACAAUGCAAAUGGAAGAAAAGCUAGUAAUGAAGAAAUUGCAGAGGCAACUGGACUCUCUAUGAGGAGACUGUCUGCUGUCUUGCUAGUACCUAAAGCUCCACGAUCUCUUGACCAGAACAUCGGGUUCAGCCUAAAUCUUAAACCUUCUGAAAUAACUGCAGACCCUGAAGCAGAAACGUCGGAAGAGUUAUUAAUCAAGCAAUCUAUGAGACAGGACCUCGAGAAGGUACUGAACUCACUGAAGCCACGAGAGAAACAAGUGGUUAUAUGUCGUUUUGGACUAGAUGAUGGGAGGAUGAAGACAUUGCAAGAGAUUGGCGAACUUAUGGGGGUAAGCAGAGAAAGAAUACGACAAAUUGAGUUGUGUGCGUUUAGAAAGUUGAAGAAUAAGAGAAGAACAAAACGUUUGCACCAAUAUCAGCUUGCAUGAAUUCCCACCCAUAUCUUGUGUAUAUCAAAAAUCAUACUAGAGGAACACUCAAAUCCCAAUAACCUACCUUCGACGUGGAGGCUUCCAUGGCUGUAUUUCAGAUCACAGAAUGGAAACAAACACACGAUUAUAUAUAUAUCUACACAUUUUUUUUUUAACUUUCAACAGAAUUGUAGAAUCUUGUGUAUAGAAACAAAAAAUAUUUGAAUUAGAGCACUGUCAAAUUCUGUACAUGGAAACCUUAAUGCUCAACCAACAUGUUACAGUUCAAUUAUGGUUAAAGGUUGCUUUUAGCGAAA